AUCAGCGCGGCAUCUUCUUUCGUCACUGUUAGUGGGGGUUGAAUUCUGUUGCCGAAGAAGCAAGCAUGAGCUAAAUUUAUUGAUAUUUGAUAACCAAAGGUGAUCUGAUAGAGUGUGAAGUUAGGCAAAAAGGGCCCGAGCCAGAGUCUUAUGCAUUCUCGCAGCAUGCUUUUUCAUAGCUCAAACCUACACGCUAACAAGGGAACAGGAGAGGAUUCAAAAUCUGAACUACAUCUACAACUGCAAUGACGUCGAGGCUCUGUGGAUGCUUAGAAUGAAAAGAGCACCAUUUGCCAGGCUUGUUGAGACCUUCAGGAGCAGGGGGCUGUUACAAGAUAGCAUCAACACCAGUGCUGAAGAGCAAGUGACCAUGUUCCUCCAUGUUGUUGGCCAUAACCAGAGGUUCAGGGUCAUUCACAACACGUUCAGGAGAUCAAUGGAGACCAUCUCUAGGUACUUCAAGCAAGUGCUUUUUGCUAUUGGGGAGCUUAGAUGAAAGAUGAUCAGGAGACCAUCUGGUCAGACUCCACCCAAGAUUCGCGGAAGCCCAAGAUGGUAUCCAUACUUCAAGGACUGCAUUGGGGCAAUAGAUGGUACUCAUGUCACUUCCAGAGUUCCUAGGUCACAGUCUGCAGCAUACAGGGGGAGGAAGCACUACACAAGCCAGAAUGUGCUUGCUGUUGUUGACUUUGAUCUGGAGUUCACAUAUGUGCUGGCUGGCUGGGAGGGGUCAACGCAUGAUGCUAACAUUCUCACUGACAACAUGAGUCGACCUGAUGGGAUCAACAUCCCCGACGGCAAGUUCUACCUUGGAGAUGCUGGCUAUGCAUGUCGGCCGGGUAUUUUUCCACCCUUCAGAAAAACAAGGUACCAUCUCAACGAGUUCUAUGGUAGGAACUUUCCUAGGACUGCACAGGAGUUGUUUAAUCUCAGACACUCCAGCCUUAGAGUAACUGUUGAGAGGGCAUUUGGAGCUCUGAAGAAUAGGUUUAAGAUCCUGGAUCAGAAGCCAUUCCACCCAUACCCCACUCAAGCUGCAUUCUGCAUAACUGGAUCCUCCAGUGGGGCUUUGAUGAACACGUGCCUGAGGAGGAAGAGGUCGAGCCUGACGAUGUUGUUAGCUCUGGCCAUGGUGUGGAGGCAUUUGACAAUGACGCUUGGAAGAACAAAAAGUUGGAGUGGGCAGAGGCAAUGUGGCUUAACAGAGGUCAGUGCAGGAUUUGAAGAAGAGGAAGAAGCAGCAGCAGCAGCAGAAGCACAGAAGAAGAGGAAGAAGAAGCAGCAGCAGCAGCAGAAGCAAAAGAGGAAGAUGAAGCAGCAACACCGAUGAACUAUCCCCUAUUUCGCCAAUGGCUCUUAAUAAUUUGAACUGUCAUUUGAUUGUAGUUAGGAUGAACUGUCAUUUGUUUAACUAGCUAGCACUAUGUUCAGAUAGUGUGUGGUAAGGUCACCAUUAGUUAGAAGUGGUGACAACACAUUAUGCAGGUUGCAACCAAACACCAUGUUAUAUGUGCAUCUAAUGCAAUGCGAGCAACCAAAUGCUAGGGCAAAAAUGGUUGUCUCAUGCAACUAGGGACAUGCAGGCAACCAAACUAUGUGCAUCUGGGGCUUUUUGGCCUGCAUCCCCUCAAACCGGCUCAAUAGAGCCAGACUCGCCGGGCCAA